GGCGGAGUUUUUUUUUUUUAUUGAUGCAGUUUGAUCGCUUGGGAUUUGUCUGUGCUCGCAUUGCCGUUAUUUGGAGUUUAAGUACAGCAAUUAUAGAGCAUUAUGAAGCUGAGUGCAACGAAUGGACACUCGGAAAUCGACGUUGACGGUGUCCAAGCGUAUAGACAAACAGAGACUAUGGAUACUGACAAUGUGGCUGCUACGGACUCAAGCUUGGGCAAGCGGGAACCUGUCCCAACAGUAGUAGAUAGUGGCCAACCAACGGAUACCGAUGGAGAACAUAGUCAGGCAUCGACGCCAACGGCGGCUUUGGUGGAAAAACAGCGUUCCGGUGUAACCAUUAGAAAACGAGACUUGAUUAACUUACAGUCGUCACUGAGUCCAAAAUACAUUGGAUAUGCUAAUGGAAAUUCGCCCAUCCUUUUCUCUGACACGGAUGACUCGCAACGCUCAACGCGUCGUCGAACAUUAAAUAAUAGCAGCACUAACAGGGAGACCAAAGAGAAUGAGGUGGCAGUUGCCACACCGAAACCACUCGUUGAGGCGCAACUUCUGGAGCGUAGUGCUAACAAGAACUAUUUAAGCCCCAUUGACAAGCUGCUUAUUAAGAACGGAGCUAAUUCACCCAACAGCACAGGAUUUGAAGCAGAUGCUGAGGAUGUGGCCAUUGCACCAGCUCGUAAAACAAUUAAACGUAAACUGAAGCGUAACCCCAAAGCAAAGAUAGCAUCAGUAGCAGCAACAGACACUCCAAUUGCUGUGAAGGAAGACGAAAAGAAAGACGAAUUGGUGGUUGAUUUGAAAGCCGAGAUGGAAAAAGAGAAGGAUUCACCGAAAAAUAAUGUAGAGGAAAACAUUCAAAUCAAGCAGGAGCCAGAGGCUAUAUCCUUGCCUGAUGUUGACCAUCAGGAAGAAACGAAAACAAACGAGUCUUUAGAGAAACAAAAGGACUCUGACGCAAGCAAUUGUCAGGAAGUACCAUUGACUAGCAGCAGGUCUUCGCCAGACCAGCCAUCCGUUACGCUGGAAGCAACUAAUGGCUUCUUGAAAUCACCAUCAUCGGUUAGCAUAGAUAGCGCCAAGGGUUUGUCUAUAAUUAUUGAUCCCGCGUGGCCCACUUAUCAAGUUGGUGAUCUUUACUGGGGUAAAGUGUUCUCCUUCUGCUUCUGGCCAUGCAUGGUGUGUCCAGAUCCACUUGGUCAGCUUGUUAGCAAAGCACCGGCGUUACCGCAGCGUCCCACAACCGAAAACGCAUCGUUGCGUAUUCAGGUACAUGUUCGUUUCUUCGCAGACAAUGGACGCCGCAAUUGGAUCAAACCGGAGAACCUUUUGCCAUUUGCAGGUCUAAAGGCAUUCGAAGAAUUGCGCGAGGAGGUUCGAAUCAAGCAGGGAGCGAAAAGCGGAAAGUACCGACAGAUGGUGCCCAAGCGUAACAAAAUGGCAGUGUGGCAACAAGCCAUCGAGGAGGCACAAAUGAUUGCCGAGCUGCCCUAUGCCGAGCGGUUGGAAAAAUUCUGCCAGAUGUACGAAAACGCCAUCGCAUUGAAUAGACAAAAGCGUUCCAGUUCUAUGCUACAGGAUACUUCCGAUAUGGGUAGCAGUCUGUACGACUCAACGGACAAUUUGCAUGCCAGGGCUCCGCCUCUUCAGCCUCUGAUAGCCCUAAAGCGUGAGCGUUCCGAAUCGCCACUUAGCCCCGCCUUUUCGCCGGUCAAGCAUUUGAAUGAGAAGCGUUCCAAGCGACGAAAACUGAGUAGUGAAGCUGAAACUGAGACAGGACCGGCCUCCAGCGCCGUCUCUAGCACAAAUAAGACAAUCACUACCACCAGUUCAGGCAUUUACGGCAACUCGGAAUUCGGACAAUUGUACAAUGCCAUUAAGGAGUAUGUGAUGGGUUAUCAGCAGGAUGAGAAAGUGGAGAAGGUAUUGUUAUCUGUAGUGAAUAAUAUUUGGUCCUUGAAACAGAUUCAACUACGUGAAUUGGAACGAGUGGUGGCCAAUGACGAGAUAAGACAGCAACAGCACCAACAGCAGCUUGGUUCAACUCUUCCUAACAAUGCCCGAAGUGGUUCCGGCGAUAAUUCAUCUGCCACUACCAAGAGAUUGUCUAGCCGACUGAAAAGCAUGAUGCUACAAAGAAGCAUUACACCAGUUGUUGUUCCGGACACGGUUGAACCCGUGGCUGAGACCCGUGCCUCAGAGACUCCAAAGCCAAGGAAGCCAGUCAAUCGACCUAUUGAGGAGGUUGUGGAGGAUAUUCUUCACUUGGAUCGGAAAUAUCUCUUUCGUGGUCUUAAUAAGGAGCCAGUUUGCAAAUAUUGCCAUGAACCUGGCUCUGAACUUCAGCGUUGCUCCCGAGGCUGUAACACUUGGCUACAUGCCAGUUGUCUGGAACGUGAAUUAAACGGAGUGGCUAAUGCCACAUAUAAAACGGGUAGAGGAAGAAAGCCCACAGUAACUGCUACCCCUCUCGAACCGAUAACAUCCUCGACACCCAAUUCGGAAGCAGAAACUGGUCAUGUUGAAAGUGAACGAGAGCCCGUGGAACUGGUGUGCCAAGAGUGCAUCACGGGUCAAUCGGAUGCUUGUUGUAUUUGUCAUAAAUUGCAGCCUCCCAGCAUAUCACCACCUGCUUCUCCCCUUAAGGAAACGGGUGAGCAAUCCCAAUCUCAGUCGCUGGUUGUCUGUAGCCAGCCAAUGUGUUCAACAAAAUUCCACAUUAGUUGUUGCAAAUACUGGCCUCAAGCGAAUGCUAGCAAAUCAUCAGCGCGGUGUCCAAUGCACGUGUGUCACACGUGCGUGUCGGAUGAUCCCAGCAAUCGCUAUCAGCAACUGGGCAGCUCCAAGCUCUGCAAAUGUGUCAAGUGUCCAGCCACUUAUCACCAGGAUUCACAUUGCAUUCCUGCGGGCUCGCGCCUGCUAACCAGCACCCAUCUCAUCUGCCCGAGGCAUAAUAUCGCCAAAGCCGAUGCUCAUGUGAAUGUUCUUUGGUGCUACAUUUGCGUUAAGGGCGGCGAGUUGGUCUGCUGCGAAACAUGUCCCAUUGCUGUCCAUGCCCACUGUCGUAAUAUACCCAUAAAGACCAACGAGAGUUACAUCUGCGAGGAGUGCGAAAGCGGACGACUACCCCUCUACGGUGAGAUUGUGUGGGCCAAAUUUAACAAUUUCCGAUGGUGGCCAUCGAUUAUUCUGCCGCCAACGGAGAUUCCCAGCAAUAUUCAGAAGAAAUCUCAUGGACCCAAUGAUUUUGUAGUACGGUUUUUCGGUACUCAUGACCAUGGAUGGAUAUCGCGUCGUCGCGUUUAUCUCUAUAUCGAGGGGGACACUGCCGAAUCAUACAAAAGCAAGUCACAGUUGGUCAAAAACUAUGCUACAGGAGUGGAAGAGGCAUCGCGCUUUCUCAAGAUCAUCAAAGCCCGGCGGCAGGAGCAAAAUAUUGGACGUCUAAGUAGCAAUAAGCUAAUGCCGCCACCCUAUGUUAAAAUUAAAGCAAAUAAACCGGUGACGCCUGUUCGGUUGGUUAGCAAUCUGGAGGAUCUAAGUGUCUGCGAUUGUCAGCCGGGACUAGAACAUCCAUGUGGACCAGAAUCGGGCUGUCUAAAUCGUAUGCUAUUCAACGAAUGCAAUCCGGAAUACUGUAGAGCCGGUGAUCGAUGCGAAAACCAAAUGUUUGAGAUGCGCAAAUCUCCGCGUCUGGAUGUUGUCUACAUGAAUGAUCGGGGCUUUGGCCUGGUUUGCCGUGAAGCCAUUGCCGAGGGCGACUUUGUCAUCGAGUAUGUGGGAGAGGUGAUCAAUCAUGCCGAGUUCCAGAAGCGCAUGCUCCAGAAGCAACGGGAUCGUGACGAGAAUUAUUACUUUUUGGGAGUAGAGAAGGAUUUCAUCAUUGAUGCUGGUCCCAAGGGUAAUCUGGCCCGGUUCAUGAAUCAUUCCUGCGAACCAAAUUGCGAGACUCAAAAGUGGAGUGUAAAUUGUAUACAUCGUGUGGGUUUGUUUGCCAUCAAGGACAUUCCAGCGAAUACGGAACUGACAUUCAAUUAUCUGUGGGAUGAUCUUAUGAACAAUGGCAAAAAGGCAUGCUAUUGUGGUGCAGAACGUUGUUCAGGUCAAAUUGGUGGCAAACUGAAAGAUCAGGGCUUGAAGGAAACGACGAGUGCACAGCUAAAUGGAAAGAGCAAGGGCAAUGGCAAAGUGAAGCCCAUUCAGCAUCGAAAGAGCAUCUCCAGUGCCCUGCGCAUUCACAUUGUAGACAGUGGGGCCAGCAAAAAGAGCAAGAAGAUCAAGACUCUGACUGCGACUGCUUCGCCUUCAAAUGUCACUUCAAAAAUCAAGCAAAUCAGUUCCGUCGAUUCACCCGUGGAACAGUAAUGGGGAAUCCGAGCUUACAUUAUAGAUACAUAUUUUUAGGGGUUUUUUUUUCUUUGUAAAUUGCAUUUGCACUUGCACCUGCUUUUCAUCACUGCUUACCGUAUUUAUUGUAUAUCCUUAAUAUUUUUUGAGAAUGAUUACCAAAAGUUGAAUUGUUUUCUAUUUUUUUGCAUUUGACAAACGU